GCUACCUCUCUGCUACACCCACAUAUGCAGCGCAAGUAGCUCCAGGGCAAUUGGGCUACUGGUUCUUUGGCACACAGAAAUGGCUUAUGGAGUUCAUUUGGGGAUCUUGCUGGUUUGCUUAGUUCAAGCAGAGCAUGUAUGCUGUUUAUGGGUUACACAAGCUCAGAGCUCCCAGAGACAAAAUGGCAACAUAUAUGCUGGCUUCUCACAACAGGAUGAUGGACUAAGAAGGCUUGAAGAAUCUCCCCAGAAUCAACUCAGACAGGCCUCCGUUUCUCCACGCUCAGCCCAGAGCAGUAGCCUGAACAAAGAGACUGCAGGUAGCAGUGCUUAUAGACAAGAACUUUCCAGUAGUGCCUACUCACAAAGCCUUUCACAGCCAGCUCAAGGUGGCUACGCUUCAGUCAAGCUGACGCAGAGCAACUUAUUGUCAAAACCUAACUGGCAAACGAUAGAGUUAAAUCAAGUCAAUAUGCCAAAAAAGCAGUUCUCUGGCCUUUCUAGUUCUCUUGCUAGUGGAAAUUCUCUGACUGACUCCAUUCAGAACCAGAAUGACCUUACUGAUAUCAGCAAGAGAACUUGGCCAACUCAACAGGGUACACUGCGUGCUAGCAACUAUCUGUCUAGCAGUUUUGCAUCUGUUCAGAGUCCUAGCAAAAGCAACUCCUUAAAAUCAGCCUCCCACCAGUCUGCAGUACAGCAAGCUCCCAGUGCUGCUGCUGCUGAAACUGGUGCCGCCUACUACGGGCGAAGAGGCUAUUCUCCCUCUGUAAUAUCUUCCAGCAUGUUGAGCCCAGGUGCUCCUGUGCCACAGAAAAAAUCUAUACAGUCUCAAACAUCAGCCAGAGCACUUGCUAGACGAGUGUCUUCACGUCGUAGCUCUAAAACAGCUAAACCCUCCAGUUUCUCAUCUCCUCAAAAUGGAGGAAUUGGAAAUAACCCCAGCCAGGCUGAGGCUGUAAAACCAUACCAAAGCAAACUGUUUUCUAUGAAUAAAGGAAAUGCCCAAGGAAGCUACCAGCCUGCUUCUAUGUCCAACAUAGCCUAUAGCCAAGAAAGUUAUAGCCAGUCUCUUCCGGUGUCCAAACACAAUGCGCCUGUUGGCUUCCAGCCACACAGUCUAGAGAUGCCAACAAGUCAGAGGUGGAGUUACAAUCCCAGCUACACCUCCAUAGUGCAGCUCCCCAGCAGUAUGAGCCCUCUCAAAGCAUCCUGGAACAGCAACUCCGCCCAGGGAGCUCGUAACUUCCCUGCCUCUGGGAAUGGCAGAGCCGGAACCUCUGCUCAGGGCUUUGCCCCAACCAGAACCCACAGCAUCCCUCAACGCUUUGGGGGCUCAGCUAUCAGACGGCUGAAGGAACCUGCUGAUCAGACGGACCGGCGUAUUGGAAAGCCACAGCAGACCUACACAGCUCCUUCACAGCAGACUGUGUCUUACAAGCCACAGGUCCAGAGUGUUCAUCAGAGCAAAUGGCAGAGGAUAAGGCCAAAUUGGGGACACUAGCAGGUGCACCAGGUGUCCUUGGAUUAGUGUUUUGAAAUAAAGAUCUUAAAAUACA